AUGUGCUGCUUGAUGAUUCAUUAACGUUCAUGUCGCUGAAAUGAAUAUCAGCCAUGCUCCAGCGCUCAGCUUGCCUCGGUGUGACGGUGAGACGGCUCUCUGCAGACUGCAGCCCGGAUGGAAGCAGCUCAGUCCGCAUAGUUGACCGUCGUACCGCUCUGCCUGGAGGUUAUACCAUUUUUCCACCCAGCGAACAGCCAGAUGCAUUUGAAACGGCAGAAAAAAGCACCUAUUUAGUAGUGCAAUUUAGAAACGACUGUUUAUUUCGCCGUGCUUUCAUGGCGUCUGGCUCCGGAGAUGAAGAGGGAAACACGGAAGGCGGUUCAUGGAGACUCAUAGGCCCGGUCGAGGGGCUGUCCAAGAAGCGCUGCCGCUUGAUGUACUGCUCCCUCGGCUUCGACUCUGAUGUCUGCCUCUUCUACGUGAAGGGGGAGUUUUUCGCUAUGGAUGCUCGCUGUUCUCAUUCCGGCGGUCCUCUGUGUGAGGGGGACAUCGAGGAGGCUAACGGAGUCCUGCAGGUCUUCUGCCCCUGGCACGACUAUGACUUCAACCUCAGGACUGGGAAGUCAGGGACCUCCUUACAGCAACAAGUGUAUGAAGUCAAGCUGGAGGAUGGCAACGUGUACGUGAAACACGCCAGUCGUCUCUCCUUAGAGCCUUUUCCUGCGGAUCAGAAGAGUUGAAAAACCUCAUCCCUUUGUGAGGCCCGUCUAUUUUUGAAACUUGUUCCACAAACCCAAGCCAUCUGAAACAUUCCUGAGCCUUAUCUAUCAUGUUCACAGACGGUUUGUGCUUUAAUUGCUAUGAACUCAGGACAAUAUCAAGAGGAUUGUCUGAAGAGGACAUGACAUCAUGAAACUGAGAUUUACUUGCUGCUGUUCCAGGUAGAGAUUCAUCACAGAUACUGAACAUGGAGCGCUCUAAGGUCACUACAGACUUUUAUAAUACAGCAGACUGUAGCAUAUACAGUAUAACAGAAAAGUUUUCAUAUGUAACAUUACAUUUUUAUUACAUAAAAACUAUUUUGCCUAUUGACCAGAUUUUGUAGGAUUCCUAAAGAUAAUCAUUUUAUUAUUUCUGAUGUAAAUAAUAGAGUGAUAUAUGUUUUAUAGCAUAUGUCAUUGCAUUUCUGCUAAAACAUUAAAAAAAUGUUCACCUUAGUCUUGGCAACUAGUCUUAUAGGCACUAGCAAGCAAUUACGUCCCUGUUUUGCUCCCACAUUUCUUUUCUGAUUUAAAUACAAUAUGACCAUUGACACGUAUCUAACAAUAAUUGCAAUGCAGGGAUGCAUUCACAUGCGGACAGAAAUAAUGAGUCUUGUUUUACAGUAAGGCUAGAGGUAAUAUGAUUUAUACAAAAAAAUGCAAAAUGCAGUGAUAAUCUAGUGAUUUGUAAAUGCAGUUCAAGUGGACAAAAUGAAUAGUAUAGAUGACAAGAAAUAAACACUAAUGUCUUGAUUUAUAUGAAAAAAAACUCGUAGAUUGUUAUUUUUAGUUGUGGUAUGUCAUUUUGAGGUCCUCAGUGUAUUUCAAAAAGUAAUACAAGACUUUCCACUAAUUACAGUGGAGUAAUUUUUAGAAUCAUGUAAUGGAGGAAGCGUUAUGACGUUAAUAUCCAACUAAAAAGGUCUUAUUGUUAUUACUACCAUUAAUCCUCUUCAAUGUCUUCAACAAGCAGUACCAGAGGCUUCAAACUCUUUAACUUGCAGGCGAUCACUCAUACUUGUUGAGUUGUGGCCUUUGCAUAAAUGUAGACAUUUAUUCCAGUGAUGUCACCAAACAGAAACAAGGAUUUGAUUUUGGAAAGCUUUAACCCGAAUACAGUUCCAGCAAGUAAAACACACAUGAAGGGCACUGCAAUUACGUUUGGUGGCAGUCCCCGAGUUCAGUCAUCUCAAACAGCAAUUCUCUCCACUCCUGGCCUGUGCACAGACAGGUUUGUCUGUUAUUGACGCAAUUGGACUCAAAAGACACAGUUAAGGCGCCGGAGGAAGGUUCAUGACCUUGAAUGCACCAUUGACUCAAAAACAAAUGUUUUUUCUAGCUUUAUGUGCGUGUGCACUGAUGCAUUUUUACCCAGCGGUGAGGGCAGUCACUCACUGUGUUUUCUAUCAGCUCCAUUUUCUGGCAGAGGCGCACGGCCCAUCCUCGAGGUGUCAGAGGCAACAUUCUCACUUUCCUCCCUGCUGUGAUCCUCGCUGUGCAACUUUAUUACAGUAAUAAUUCCACUGGCUAAAAAUGUCAGUAUUUUGCAGCAGUGUUUUUUCUGUGUGCAUUACAACUCAUCACCUGGAGUGUAAUAGACACACACAAUGGACAUGCAGCUAUUUUGAGUCAGUGGAAAAGUCAAAGUAAACAUUGUGUGACUGCACAGUUCUUACAUUUGUACAUCUUGAUAUUCUUUCUUAGAAAACCAGCAUUGCCAUCUGUUGCCAUAUGUUAUCUUUAAGUUAUUAUAAUGCUCAGCCAAUUUUAAUGCAUUUUGUUUAUUAUGACAAUUAUGUUUGUGGUUUAUAUGUUAAACAUGUCUGCAGACCUCAUAUACUGUUACCUAUGCACUGUAGGCUUCUGUAAUAAACUAUAUUUAUUGUUGCUUA